UGUGUGUUACACUUCCUGGCUUCUAGUUUACUGAGUUUUACUAACCUGCUAAUUAGAAAUCGCGAAGCUCAGUCAGUGUCAGUGUAAUGUAACGUUAGUCAGUCUUGUGUUGUCAAGAUGUCUGUUACACGCACUACAGUCAUGCUUCACAGUAAAUACGGUGAGGCCAGUAUGGCUGGAUAUACACAGUCUCCAGGAGGAUUUGGAUCACCAGCCGCCUCUCAAGGAGGAGAAAAGAAAGGGAGAGCUCGAGCACAGCAGAUCGUUCCCUGCACCGUGUCCCAGCUGAUGUCUGCGGUGCAGGCGGAGGACGUCUUUAAAGUGGGAGAGGUAGAGAUCGCACAGGUAACUAUAGUUGGUGUCAUCAGAAGCACUGAUAAAUCCACAAUCAACAUCCAGUAUAAGGUGGAUGACAUGACGGCAGCUCCCAUGGACGUGAAGCAGUGGAUCGACACAGAGGACAUGGGUGUUGAUAACUCAGUCAUUCCUCCAGGCACUUACGUCAAGGUCUCCGGCAACCUCCGCUCUUUUCAGAAUAACAGGUCUCUGGUUGCGUUCAGCGUCCGAGUGCUGGAGGACAUGAAUGAAGUCACUUCACACAUGCUAGAGGUUGUGAGCGCUCACAUGCAGCAGAGCAAACCACAGAAUAUGAUGGGAGGAGGUGGAGGAAUGAAUAUGAUGCCCACAUCUCACACUAGCAUGAGCAGCAUGGGCUCCACAGGAGGUUAUUCUGGUGCUAGUAUGAUGCUAGUCAAUGGUUUGAGUGCCAACCAGAACCAAGUUUUGAGUCUGAUCAAGAGUUGUCAUGAGCCUCAAGGCAUCAGCAUGCACGACCUCAAGCAGAAGCUGAGCAGCAUGAGCGUCACUGUCAUCAGGCAAAUUGUGGAUUUUCUCAGCAACGAGGGACACAUUUUCUCGACCAUUGAUGAGGACCACUUCAGAUCAACAGACAAUGAAGUCUAGUUAUGUAUUUUUUUCCCCUCAUCAGAUCUGUAUUACCAGAGCCCUAAUAAGCCCAUUUGUUAUAUACAUAGUUUUCAGGAAAAAAAAACUCUUCAGUUCAGAUCAUUGUAAUAAAAGCAUACUCAUUUAUUUUGUUUCUUUAGAGUUCAGCAUGUGAUUAAAAGCAGUGAAAAGGACUUUGUCUGAUUUACAAUAAAUGGUAUAUUUGAUAAACCUUG